GAUACGAGGCUACUUGAACAGAUGUAGAAGAAAAGAUCAAAACAAAAACAAAUCAUCUUCCAUGAUUUUGUUAUGUAAAUCAUCAGCAAUUAGUUGAAAGGAAAUUUUCAGUAGCAAGCUAACAUAACUAGUGUGUUUGAUAGUAUCUGGUAAUGUACUAAUUUUUGUUUUAAUUAGCAAUUUUAAAAUGGCGAAAUCUCAGGAAGGCGAAAAGAAAUCAGAAGAAGCUCCUAGGAUUUUCAGAUUUUUGAUUCGAGUAUGGGGAGCAGUUGCAGCGCUAUGUUCAGUAUCCACUGGUUUAUUUGUUUUGAUAACAAUUACAUCAAGUUGUUUAAUUGCUGGAAUCGUGCAAAUAUGCGUUGGAUUAAUCAUCCUACCAUUAGAAACUCCAUUUCUUUGUUCAAAAUUUGACAUCCUUAUCAAAAUUAGUGAUUGGGUGGAAAAAUAUUUUAAAUUUUGGUUAAGAGCAACAUUUUAUUUGGUAGGAGGAAUUCCACCAUUCCUUCUAUGUAACGAAUUAUCUACUUUCAUUGGCAGUGGCGCCAUCUUAGUUUUAGCCGCACUGUAUGGAGUGCUUGCAAUUGGCAGGAAGGGUGGGGGCGUAAAGGCUGCAUCUCCGGCGAAAUCAGAUGAUGUGGAAAUGAAAACAAAACUUAUGACAGACUCAGGAGAACCAAACAAUUUAAACACGUACUAAUAUAUGAAUACAAAAAUAUAACUAUAUGCACUCAAGUGUUUGUGUGUAAAUGUCCAUAUGACAGCUCAACUAUUUACAAUAUUUGGUAGUUAAGUAUGAUACUUUUGGUAUAUACUCUUUUUAUUAGCAUCGCUGUAAGCAUCGCAAUUUUUCAAUAAGGCAUAACGUCAACUUUACAAAACAUUUAUUUAGUAUAAACAAUGUGCGCAUUUCUCUUUAUAAGCCGACAGUAAAUAAAAUACCUUAACAUUUUCACCUCUAAAACUUCUUCAAAUUUUAAAAGUCCACAAGGCUAUUAGUACUAUUAGACUUGCUCAACCUGGAAUUUAAUGUCAAUUCAAAAUGCUAUUCACCAUUAACAGUUAUUAGCGCAGAAACAAAGUAACCAGAGUCAGGCAGACGAAGUGUCAUGGGUUUAAAAUUUCAAUGUUGAAUAACCAUACCGCCUAAAUCGUUUUUUAGUGUAAGUCAUUAAAGUCAAGAAUGAAAGCUUGUUUUGUAUCUCCUCGUUAUUUCAUUAUAUACGUUACACGUUAUUUCACCCGAAAUUUGACAAGGAAUAAGAAUUUCAAGUGUUACGCGAUGUUUGUACAAUUGUAAGAUGGGUUAUUGAAUUUUAUUUGUAGUUUUGUAGAUUUCUAGUUGGGGUAAAUCAUUUUUGGUGAAUUUGGGGAUAUAAAGCGAAUUCUAUUUUAUUGUUGGUUUUAUGUAGUUUGAAUAUGAAGUUUUAAAUUCUAACGUUUCCGCUUUUAUGGAGAAUGUUUAUGAAUGUUUUUAGUUUUUACCAAUCACAAUAGGGGAGAUGCAGUAACUGCUCCUAGGUAAACUGAAGCUUUCUGGUUCCGUAUCUCUUUGUAACAGAAAGUUAAAUUUAAUACAAGAAAAAUAUUAAAACACAUUGGAAACUUAAUCGCUAUUCGAUUUGCUCAUAAUGCUUUAAAGUUUAAUUUAUUUAUUGAAAAUUUUAUAGGUAAAAAUCAUUUAAUAAUAUUGUAUUUCACAAUGUGUCACGUGACAAGCUUAAAUAUAUAAGCUUAGCGUUGUUACUGAACUUGUAAAACAUUAAUUGUGUCUGCCAGAUGAGGAAAAAGUCAGGCUAAAUUUCUAAAAUUUUUGAGAAAUCAGGAAAACUUUAUCAUAACUAAUACGACCAAUCUCAACUCGCAUUAUAGCACGAUUGGUUGUAAAUCUCGAGAAAGAGUCAGGAAAAUCCAACCAAAGAUUCUGGCAGAUGCCCCACCCUCGUCCCCUGUUCUUUUGUCUUUUUGAUUUGAGAAGACGACAUCUCUCAUCCAAGAAGUCAAAAAACCUUGGGAACGAGGGUGGCAGAUGCCUGUAUCGACAUAAUGAUUUUUUUAAGACACAUAUAAAGUAUAUUUUCAAUCUGGACGUUUCUUAAUUAUACAUAUGCGCAACUAUUUAUUUGAAGUGUGAUUAACCAUACAAAUUA